GUCUUUUACCAUUUGAACAGAACCAAAAAAGGCUCUCCACGCCUAAAAAAAAUAAAAGAAAGAGACAGAAGAAGAAGAAUCAAACUUUACAACCUUUAGCAAGUAGCAACAAUGGCGAUGGCUUUCAAGAUGGCGACGACAGGGAUACGCGUGACGGAUGAGUGUACGAGCUCAUUCAUGGAGAUGAAAUGGAAAAAAAUACACAGAUACAUAGUUUUCAAGAUCGAUGAGAAGUCACGUAAAGUCACCGUCGAUAAAGUCGGCGGCGCCGGCGAAAACUACCACGAUCUCACCGCUUCUUUACCUGUUGACGACUGUCGCUACGCCGUCUUCGAUUUCGACUUUGUCACCGUCGAUAACUGCCGCAAGAGCAAGAUCUUCUUCAUCGCAUGGUCGCCGGAGGCGUCGAGGAUAAGGGCGAAGAUAUUGUACGCGACGUCAAAGGCAGGGCUGAGGAGAGUAUUGGAAGGGAUUCACUAUGAGCUUCAAGCCACUGAUCCGACGGAGAUGGGUUUCGAUAUCAUCCAAGACCGUGCUAAGUAAAAAUAUUAACUAAGAGAGUAUGGAUUUGACUCACUUUGUCAAUAAUUAACGUUAAUUAGGUAUCGAUUAAUGUUUAAUUAUUGCGGGUUAGUGCUUACUUUUUCCUUUCAGUCUUACCAGCACUACCCUUUAAUUAUGGACGUUUGUUUGUGUUUUUGAUUGUGUUGUUUACUUGUUUAUAGUUAUCUUUUUUUUUGUCGGUUAAGCAAACAUAAGCUACGAAUUUGUCUUUAAGUAACGACAUAUAUACGUCUAUGAGAAAUGUAUCUUUGGCUCAAAAUAUCAUUUAUCUAAUUUGUAAUGAAUGGUUAGUUCAA